CUCAUAUUUUUUUUAGGACGGGACAUGAGAUAGGGUUUUCGUGAUCUCAUGAACACCCAUAAUCUUAAUCCUCACAGGCUAUAUAGAAUGAGAGUGCGCAGUUGAAGAAAUGGCGAGAGAUUACAGAAUGGGAUAUUCAGUACGAGAACAAGUGUAUUGGUGGGUGGUGGCGAUUAUUACAUUACUAGGACUCAAAGAUGGAAGCAAGGCGUGUUUGGAAGAAGAGAGAGAAGCUCUUCUCAAACUGAAAGAAGCUUUCAAUUAUCCAAACGGCUCGUCUCUUCCUUCUUGGAAUAACCUUACCAGUUCUGAUUGUUGUAGCUGGCAGGGAAUCAGCUGUGACAACUCUACUCGGAGAGUGAUAAGCCUUCUUCUGAGCCAUAUAAGAGCUCAAGAGUUGGAACACAUCACGUGGUCAUUGAAUGUUUCUUAUUUUCUCCCUUUCCAUCAACUUGAAGCUUUGGAUUUGUCUGGGAAUUACUUGUCAGGGCUAUUUGGCGAAAUUAGAUUGGACAACUUGCAAACGUUUUAUCUGGAAGAAAACAUGCUUACGGAAAUCCCAUUCCUUGGUUCUUAAUUAUUAUUAUUUAUCAACUUCUUUUUGAUACCGUACUUUAUUUAUUUUCUUGGCUCCUUGGUUUUUUUUUAAAUCAAUUGAUGUUUAGAAAAAAUUUGAGAAUAUCGAGAGUUGAAUGAGAUGGUGUUUGUACUAUAGAUAUGUGAUGGUAACGGUACUGAAGGAAAAGAUCAUAGAGAUUAUUAUUGAAUCAUUUAAUAACUUGAAUUUUGAAUCUUGACAUCUAUAUAUAAAUUAAGUGAUAGCAGGAACAAUAUGUCUAGGGUAGAAUAGAUUUUAAAUAAGAGAAUGGAAUGAAAAAGGAAUAUAUAUAUAUAUAUAUAUAUGGCAUAUGGAAAUUAGGAAAGGAGAGGAAAAGAUGGGAGAGGAUUCUUUCCUCUUCUCUUUUCAUUCACUUCUCUUUCUCUUCCUAAUUUCUAAACAUUAGAUCAAAAUUUGGGUGGUUCAAAAAUUUGAAAUUUUAUAAAUUAUUUUAUUUUAUUUUGUUCUUACUGUAUUUUUUAAUUGUUCAUAUUAAAAUUUUAACAGCUUGACUUUUACUUUUUUUACAUUUUUUAUAAUUUAAUAUUUUAAUAAUAAUUUUAUAUACAUUUGUUUAAUUUUUUAUUUUCAAUAUUUAUAUUUCAUACUUGACAGAUAUUUCUCUUUCCUCCCACAAUUCGAAGACUUCGGCGUUCUCUUUCAAUUCCUCCUUGUGGGCCUUGUCCCUCUUUAACAAUAGCCUGAAAGGCUCACUGCCACGGCAAGGAGGCUUAUGCAAUCUGAAGAAUCUGAAACUAUUGUCUCUUGGUCGCAACAAGUUUGAAGGACUCCUUCCUUCAUGCCUUGAUUCAUUUCAUUUGAAGAAAACUAUUUCACUGGCAUAGCAUCGAUUUCUUUGUUGGCCAACCACUCCAACCUUCAACUCUUCUCAAUUUCGUGCUCUAAUAACCCCAAUCUCAAGCUUGAAACUGAAAAUCCCCCCUUUUUCCCUUCUUUCCAAUUAAAGAUUUUCAGCGUAGUCAAAUGCAAUAUGAAUGAAGCAAGCAAUCGCGUAAUACCCUCUUUUCUUCUUCAUCAAUAUGACUUGAGACUUCUGCAACUUACUUAUUUGAACUUUUCAGCAAGUUUCCCACAUUGGCUUUUGACAAACAACACCAAGUUAGAUUCUUUUAAUGUCGGCCACAACUUCUUGACUGGUCCCUUUGAGCUCAACUCCACCACAAAAUUACUUGACAUGCAAUAUUUUGAUGCUUCCUCUAACCCUAUUAAUGAUGAAAUCCCUCCUCAUAUUGGCUCUAUUUUUCCCAACUUGCUUUCUUUGAACAUGUCUUCGAGUUCCUUACAAGGUGGAUUUCCAGCUUCACUCGGUGACAUGAGGCAGCUGAACUCACUAGACUUAUCCAGUAACAAUAUGUCUGGAUAUAUACCCAAAGAAUUUGGGAAGGGCAGCAACGACAUGAGGUUUCUAAAGUUGUCAAACAACAACUUAACUGGCCCAUGUUUACCCGUUGGUUCAAACUUCACACAUUUAUUGUCUGUGGAUCUAAGCAACAACAACUUUAAAGGAAACGUAUCGGAUGGGAUCAUUAAGAGUUUAGAAUUAAGAAUGCUGGAUUUAAGUUCCAACCAACUCUAUGGUGGAAUGCCUACAUGGAUUGGAAACUUUAAGCAUUUGAGUUACCUCAUUUUGUCCCAAAAUUCCAUGUCAGGUCUAGUACCAGAAAGCUUUUGCAAUCUGGUUGAACUUACAUACCUAGACCUUUCACAAAACAGAUUCAAUGGGACUUUACCAAGCUGUCUGAAUAUGCCAUCACUGAGGUACUUGCAUUUGCGGGGCAAUAAUUUUACAGGACCGAUUCCUUCUGUUUUCGCCAAAUCUCCCAUGCUAUUAACUUUGGAUUUGGCAAAGAACAUAUUUUCAAGUCAAAUUCCCAGGUGGUUAAAGUUGAUGUUGAAUUUAAGAGUCCUUCUCCUAAAAGGAAACAAGCUUGAUGGUUCCAUUCCUAUGGAUAUGUGCAGCCUCAAGAACAUAAGCAUACUGGAUCUUUCACACAACAUGCUUUCCGGAGGGAUACCACAUUGCUUGAAUAAGAUCACAUUUAGAAAGCAGGAUGUGAUGGGAGGAGCCAAAAUAGGAAAAUUUGUUGUCCCUUGGGCUACAAGAGGCCCAUUAUUUGACAUAAAUCAUACAAGUGGCGAGCUUUUCCAAGGUGAAUAUGAAAAAAAGUUUUCAUGGUAUGAGGAAAUAGUGGUGAACUUCAUGUCAAAAAGCAGGUACGAAUCAUAUGAAGGAAAUAUAUUAGAUUUCAUGUCUGGCCUAGAUCUCUCGGACAAUCAGUUGACAGGUAAAAUCCCUUCACAAAUUGGAUACCUGAAUGCUAUUCAUACAUUAAAUUUGUCAAACAACUAUUUGACUGGGCCUAUUCCAGACACGUUUUCUGACCUUAAAGAGAUUGAAAGUUUAGAUCUUUCAUACAACAAAUUGAUGGGUCAUAUUCCUUCUCGACUUACACAGUUGUACUCUUUGUCUGUCUUUUCUGUGGCUCACAAUAAUCUAUCUGGUAUGGUGCCUGACAUGAAAAACCAAUUUGCAACUUUUGAUCAAAGUUCUUAUGAAGGGAAUCCUUUUCUUUGUGGCCCACCUCUACAGUACAGUUGUUCGUCUCUUGAUGAACCAGUAGGGGGACAAAUACAGCCACAUCAUUCAGCUAAAGAUGACUUCCGAGAUGCUUUCAUAUGGAGUUUUGCCGGUGCAUUUGUGGUUUUUUUUCUGGGUGUAAUUAGCUUUAUGAAUUUCAACUCUUACUUUUACAAUUAAUUGCAAAUGAAAUGAAAAAGUAUGUACAAGUUAUUUGCCUGGGUUGAAUUAAGAUGGAAAACCUUUAGUUAA